AAUUAUUUUGCUUUUCUCCUUAGAGUAUAUAAGUUAUUACUCAUCAUUACUCUUGCAAGAUGGAAACAUUGGCAAUAGCCAGUGACAGUUUUUCAUACAGUUGGUUAUCGUCAAACUGCAACAACAAAUCCCCACUUGAUGGCUUUGAGGAGUCUCUCACAAAAGAAUUCAUCAAUUACAGCAUCAUUGACUCAGAUCAUUUACUAGCUGAACGCAAGAACUUCAAUUUUGAUCCUUCAAUUACUCACUCACCUGUUGUUCUUGUUCAUGCGGAUGAGCUUUUCUCCCAAGGCAUUCUAAGGCCUGUUGGCACACUGGCAGAGACACACUCCGAUGACAUUUCCGAAGUUCUUGAUUCUUCUCCCAACGGCGGCGGCCCGAAUUCAACUCAAACCAAUAAGCUUGCCCCUUCUUGUUCUUUGCUUUUUCCGCGAGCUGUGACCCCGAGAAAAUUGGGAAUUCAUCAUGGAAUCCUUGCAAAGUGGAGAAGAUCAACAUGGAGAACCUUGGUGUAUCUUUUUAGGUAUGUGAACAACCAGUUAGGCCAGAAAGUUGGGUGCUCAAGAGUUGUUGACGAUAUUGAUAAAACAGAUUGGAAAUUCAAAAGCUUGAGAAGUAGUUCAGAGAAAACAUCUCCUAUUGUUGAUUUGCAUCAUCAUGAGAAUUCAAUUUAUGAAGCGGUCCUCCAUUGCAAAAGAUCAGUAGGAAACUGAUUGAAGAGAGUUGUAGAAGGAGGAAGUGUAGAGGUCUUAAAUAUGUAUGGUUGUUUAUUUUAGAUUCUUUCUUAUUCUUAUAGUUUGUUUAUGUUGAAUGCUAUCUGUGUUUC